AGAACUAGAAAGAGUUUUCAGUUGAGCAGUUUCAUUUCAUCUUGGUGCUAUCCUAUUCCUCCCACCAAAAUAUCAACCUUCCCGCUCGGAUAUAAACACAAACACUUCACCUACAACUCAUUCAUUCAUUCCCCAACCUAUGAAGUACGUUCUCAUCUCCGGCGGAGUCGUUAGCGGCCUCGGCAAAGGCGUCACCGCCAGCAGCAUCGGCGUCGUCCUCAAAGCCUGCGGCCUCCGCGUCACUUCCAUCAAAAUCGAUCCGUAUUUGAACAUUGACGCUGGUACCAUGUCUCCGUUUGAACAUGGAGAGGUUUUUGUUCUUGAUGAUGGCGGAGAGGUUGAUUUGGAUUUGGGAAAUUAUGAGCGUUUUCUUGAUGUUACACUUACAAAGGAUAAUAAUAUUACUACUGGCAAAAUAUAUCAGUCUGUGCUUGAGAAGGAGCGCAAAGGAGAUUAUCUCGGAAAAACUGUUCAGGUGGUUCCGCAUAUCACUGAUGCAAUCAGAAACUGGAUUGAAUCGGUUGCUGUGAUCCCGGUUGAUGGAAAUGAAGACCCUGCUGAUGUUUGUGUGAUUGAGCUUGGAGGCACUGUGGGGGAUAUUGAGUCUAUGCCGUUUAUUGAGGCUCUACGGCAAUUAUCCUUUCAAGUGGGGCCUGACAACUUCUGUCUCAUCCAUGUUAGCCUGAUACCAGUGUUGGGUGUAGUGGGGGAACAAAAAACAAAGCCGACACAACAUAGUGUCAGGGAACUAAGAGCAUUGGGCUUGACGCCUCAUCUUUUAGCAAGUCGCUCUGCUGAGCCUCUGCUGGAUAGUACCAAGGAAAAACUCUCACAGUUUUGCCAUGUUCCAGUUAACAAUAUUCUGAAUAUUCAUGAUGUACCAAAUAUUUGGCAUAUUCCCCUGUUGCUUAGAAAUCAAAAUGCCCACCAUUCAAUUUUACAGCAGCUUAACUUACUUAGCCGUGCUACGCCUCCUGAUUUGCGGCAAUGGACUGAUAUGGCUGAGAGCUAUGAUAACCUUACUGAAUCUGUUAGGAUUGCCAUGGUGGGAAAAUAUGUUGGUCUAACAGAUUCAUAUUUAUCUGUUGUAAAGGCCCUACUGCAUGCUUGUGUUGCACGCUCAUUGAGACCAUCAAUUGAUUGGAUUGCUGCUUCUGACCUUGAAGAUGACAGUGCACAAUCAACACCAGAAGCACAUGCAGCAGCAUGGAAGACUCUGAAGAGUGCAGCUUGUGUCUUGGUUCCCGGAGGAUUUGGAGAUCGUGGCGUGAGAGGUAUGAUGCUAGCUGCCAAAUAUGCCAGAGAGAACCAUGUUCCUUACUUGGGGAUUUGCCUGGGAAUGCAAAUUUCUGUAAUUGAGUUCGCUAGAUCAGUUUUGGGCUGGGAAAGAGCGAACAGUAUCGAGUUUGAUGCCCAAACACCAAAUCCGGUUGUAAUUUUCAUGCCAGAGGGUUCUAGGACUCACAUGGGAAGUACCAUGAGACUUGGAUCUCGAAGAACACUCUUACAGACACGUGAUUCUAUCACUUCUAAACUGUAUGGCAAUUCGGAGUAUGUGGAUGAACGGCAUCGUCAUAGAUACGAGGUUAAUCCAGAUGUUAUUGAAACUUUAGAAGAAGCUGGGCUAAAAUUUGUUGGCAGGGAUGAAAGCGGAAGACGAAUGGAGAUCUUAGAACAUCCAAGUCAUCCAUAUUAUGUAGGUGUGCAGUUUCAUCCCGAAUUCAAAUCUCGUCCUGGGAGACCAUCUGCUUUGUUUUUAGGUCUCAUAUUGGCGGCAACGGGGAAGUUGGAAGCACAUAUAACCAGCAUUCAUGAGAAUGGAAGCUGAUGUACGAUUCUUUACUAUAGGACUCAUUUCUACAUUACUUUCCUAAGAAAAAAAAAGUAUUGAUGAUUGUUUGAUGUGUAUAGAGGUCUGAAGCGGAGCUAAUUCCUUGUCUACACUACACUAUAAGCAAGUUACUUUUCAUUUCAAAGCUGACCAUUAACCUGACACUUACAGGUUUAUAAAUUACUGUCAGACAGUUUAAGCUUGUUUCCUUGUUCAGUUCACCAUGCCCCAAACGUGCGUGCUCCUUUUCUUUUUAUGCUCGCUGAUUAGGUUUUAAACUUUCUUGUUCAAAAAUUGUAAGUAGAAUUGUGAGAUGAUACAUGUGUAUUUAAUAUUUUUCUUUGAGAGAAUAUUAUUUUCUUA